AUGACCAUCCUCGUCGGUCGACCGCUCAACUGGGCCAUCACGGCCACGGCCGGUUCCGGCUUCCUCCUCUUCGGGUAUGACCAGGGCGUCAUGUCCGGUCUCCUGACGGGCUACGCCUUCACCCGGACUUUCCCCGAGAUCGACACGAGUAACGGCGGCGGCGGCAGCUCUUCGCUGCAGGGCACGGUCGUCGCCAUCUACGAGAUUGGAUGUUUCUUUGGCGCCAUCUUUUGCCUGCUAGUCGGCGAGAAGCUCGGCCGGCGCAAGUGCAUCAUGCUCGGCUGCGUCGUGCUCAGUAUCGGCGCCGCGCUGCAGGCCGCGGCGUUCGGCAUCCCGCAAUUGAUUGUGGGUCGUAUCGUCGCCGGUCUUGGCAACGGCAUGAACACCAGUACCAUUCCUGUGUGGCACUCGGAGCUAAUGAAGGCGGAUAACCGCGGGCGUGGUCUCGCUAUCGAGCUCGCCAUCAACAUCUUUGGUGUCAUGACCGCGUACUGGGUUGAUUAUGGUAUGAGUUUCGUGGCCAACGACUCUCAGUUCCGUUUCCCCUUGGCUCUGCAGAUUCUCUUCGCUGUCGUGACAUUCUUCGGCGUCUUGGUCCUCCCCGAGUCGCCCAGAUGGCUCAUCGCCCACGACCGCCACGACGAGGCCCGUCACAUCCUCUGGGCCGUUGAAAAGGACGCCAGGUCAAUUAGCGAGACUGAGCCUAAGCUGCAGCGGAACCUGGCCGAGAUUCAAGCCGCGAUCCGCGAAGAGCGCGAGGCCGCCAACGCCGGCAGCUUCAGGAUGAUGUUCAAGAACGGCGAUCAAAAGUUCUUUUACCGCACAAUGCUCGGAAUUGGAGGCCAGUUCAUGCAACAGCUCAGCGGUAUUAACCUAAUUACCUACGUGAGCAGCCCUUACACGCUACACCGUAUUUCUUCAGAAGCUAACAAGUACCAGUAUGCCCCCGUAAUCUUCCAAGAGUCCGUUGGCAUGACGCACAGCCUGUCGCUGCUCCUUGCGGGCUUCAACGGCAUCGCUUACUUCUUCUCUUCCCUGAUCCCAAUCUGGAUCAUUGACCGUCUUGGUCGCAGGAAGCUCAUGCUCUUUGCCGCGGCGGGCCAGUGUGCCUGCAUGGCCAUCCUCGCAGGCACGGUCUCCAACGGCAGCGUCCCUGCCGGAAUCGUCGCCAUUGUGAUGCUCUUCCUCUUCAAUUUCUUCUUCGCCGUCGGCCUGCUUGCCAUCCCUUGGCUGCUGCCUGCCGAAUAUGCCCCCUUGGCGAUCCGCACGCGUGCCGCGGCACUAGCGACGGCGUCCAACUGGAUAUUUACGUUCUUGGUCGUCGAGAUCACACCGGUCAGCAUCAAGAGCAUUGGCUGGAAGACCUACGUGUACUUCUGCAUCUUCAACGCCUUCUUCGUGCCGCUCAUCUACUUCUUCUACCCCGAAACACAGAACCUCAGCCUCGAGCAGAUCGACAGGCUGUUCACGGGCGGAAAGGUGCAGCUGCACUGGAAGGCGAGCAUGGGUACCCCCGGCGAGGGAACGAGAGUCAUCGAAGAGAAGGACUCGGAGUCUGGCUCGGGAGAGGUUCUCCGUGUGGAGAACAAGGAGUACGCUCCUAACUAG